UCCUCGAAAUCCACGCCGUGAGAGCGUCUCGACGCUCUUGCACCGCGCUCAGUUGUUUCGGCGGCGCGCUGCUCACCAGACGUGCCACAGACGCCGGCGCGUCCCGACGUCGUCCCGUUCGCAUUCUGUUCAUUCACCUUUCGUCGCUGGCGCACCUUCAGCGUUGUGCGUACUCAGACCUAUGCGGACGAAAGGUUAACGCACGCAGACUGUUGAUAACACGCUACAUUAGGCCGGGGACUCGUCCAUCUGAGCUUCUACAGCAUCAUCACAUUAUCGAGAUUCACUCACUUAAGAAUUGGAAGUGGACGUCGGAGGGCUAUCGAGGAUUUAUUGGUCAGGUGUCUUCAACAUGGUAAUUUUCGUCUUCAGGCCCCGUUCCACCUUCACUUGAAGUGAGAACUCUGUACACAAACAUCAUCCCGAACCAAGGACCAUGUAUCUCAGAUUUGCAAUUACAAUCAAUGGACUUUCUUUGGACCAACAACUGUAAGAAAGUUAUUUAAGCUCGUCUCGUAGUCGACUUUCCCCAAUGAUGAACCACACCAACAUGACGGCCGACGACGCCGUCAUGGAGCCCGGCUUGAAAAUCCCCAUCAUCUUCCAAACCAUCCUCUUCGCAGUAGUGUGUUUAGUGGGUCUCGUAGGCAACACUCUCGUAAUCUACGUCGUGAUCCGUUUUUCCAAAAUGCAGACAGUUACAAACAUGUACAUCGUGAACCUCGCCAUCGCCGACGAGUGUUUCCUAAUCGGAAUCCCCUUCCUCAUAGUGACAAUGUUAAACGAACAGUGGAUAUUCGGCAACGCCGCCUGCAAAGCCUACAUGAUCUCCACCAGCAUCAACCAGUUCACCAGCUCCAUUUUCCUCUGCAUCAUGAGCGCGGACAGGUACAUCGCGGUGUGUCACCCGAUUUCGUCCCCCAAGUGGCGGACGCCGCUGAUUUCGCGGAUAGUGUCAGUCCUGGCGUGGACCUGCAGCAUCCUGUUGAUGACGCCCAUCAUCGAGCAUGCGACCGAGACGGAACAGAGACCCGGAACCAAGAGCUGCAUUAUAGAGUGGACCUCGAACGAAACCAUGAGCGAGAACUCGACUUCGGCUCUGUCCGGAGCGACCAUUUUCACCACGUACACGUUCGUCUUCAGCUUUGCGAUACCGUUGUUUUUGAUACUUGUUUUCUACUGCUUGGUCAUACAGAAAUUGAAGACGGUCGGACCGAAGAACAAGUCGAAGGAGAAGAAGAGGUCGCACAGGAAGGUCACCAAUCUGGUCUUGACCGUGGUGGCGGUGUAUGUGUUCUGCUGGCUGCCGUACUGGAUUACACAGAUCGCGAUGGUACACACCGUUAAUCCGUUGAACCAGUCUCCCUUCGUGGUAACGCUCCACCUCAUGGCUUCCUGCCUCUGCUACUCGAAUUCGGCGAUGAACCCGAUCCUUUACGCUUUCCUGAGCGACAACUUCAAGAAGAGCUUUCUGAAAGCUUGCACUUGCGCCGCCGGAAAAGACGUCAACGCGACUUUGCACAUGGAGAACAGCGUUUUCCCCCGGAAAAACAAGGGGUCGGAGAGGAUGAGGGCGGCGCGGGGCACUUCCAUCUGCCCGAACAACGACGACGAGUGCGACAUGGGGCCGCUGGUGAGCCGGGGCGACCAGUCCACCUCGGCCAUCACGAUGACGUCACGGACGAACAUAACCUCGCUGGGGGACAGCAGAGAGACCAUAUCGAAGGGCAACGCCGUCAAGAACGGCAACGUCGUCACCAUCCAUCCGACGUGUUUGUAAAUUUUUUAUUUGGAGAUUGGAGGUGUAAGCAAAACUCGGGGUUUUACACCGCAGCGCCCCUAUAAAUCGGCGUUCGGGGAUGUUUUAUUUAUGGCGGGGUAGUUGGUGAGGGUUAUUACACGGAAGCCUGGUCGUAAGGGAACAAUCACGAUUGCUGAUUUUUACGGGCGAGGUUUGCUUGGCUUUAUUAUCAUUUCUCAAAAAUAUCAUAUCGAUUCUGACAUUUUGAGACACACAACUUGUACCAUAUUUUGCGAUUCGUUGUUGAUGAAGAUCGGAAGGGUCUUUCUGUAGGGUAAGUUAGCGACUUAGCAGGGUAUAAGAGAGUAGACGUACUUAAGUUAAGUUUAAGUUACUCAGUGUCAAUUUAACAUUGUAUACACUUACGAUAUGAUGUUAAAGAUCUUAAUGUGACCUAUGUGUAAAAAGAUUCUUGUAAAAAUCCUGGUGUUUUAUGUUUCGUGUAUUGAGAUUCGUUUAGUUCAAAUGUCUAUUAGUAUUGUUACAUUUUGUAUAUAAAGUUUAUUCUUCUAUAAACGAGAUAAUGUAAUUCACAAGAUUUUAGUAAUUGAGCCCAUAAAAUCUUGUUUGCUAUUACAUUUUGUACUUUUAUAUACAUUUAUAUAGGGAGGUGAAAGCUAUCACGAACGAAUUUUUUGGCGCGAAUUUUGAAAAUCGGUAGUUUACGAAGCCGUAGGGGUUAAGCACGUUGUAUGGCUUUCACCGAUAUAUAAUAAUAAAUUAUCAAUUGAUUAAAUGGCUGUUCUUAAGUGUUACGUGUACAUAGCAUAUAAUCAUUUAGUUAAGACCUGUGAUAUUAACAUAAUGUUGUGAAAAAUAUGUAUAUAAUCACACACAUCUAUCGAUUUUGUGUACUUCCCUACCGCACCAACUAACGUUUUAAAAAUUCCGAUCAUGUAAAUGAUAAUCCAGUGUAACUUAAAGUUAGGUUCGACCGAAAACCUAAGUUUGAGUGGUCUUGCCAAAUAGCUGUACUUAGUGUGAAUGUAUACAAUAUAUUUCUCGUAUAAUAAAACAUACAUAUUUCCAA